CAGCCAUGCCGUCAUAUCUUUUCCUGAUUUUGCUAGUCGGUAGUCACUAUCAUAGUUUGACGACAGCUCUACCGUUAGAAGAGCAAGAGACAGAGACACGACGGUCCGCGAACGCACCCGAAAAUGAAAGGAAACUCUCAACGCUUAAUUCGUGCUCGAUUGGCUCGAAUAUCAGUUCGUCACUUGCAAUGCUAACAACCGAGCAGAACACGGUUGUCGACUGCUACGGAGAGGGACCAUCGUGUGAAAUAUCACUGUCAAAGGCAACAAACAAAAAGAGAAUUCCACCUCACGCACGCUGUUCGUCUGAACUUCAUCCGCUCGUUGGCGUGUUUGGUUCACUUCGGUACGCUAUUAUCGUGCCGCCUUACAGCAAGAAUAUCACUCUUCAGUGCGGGGUGUGCGGUUCUCCUUCAAUUCAUGUUACCUGGUAUCGUGUAGGAAGGCCAUUUCCUAGCGUUGCUCGAUGCGGUGUUGCCAUGCCACAUUUCUCGCUUCGUCUCGGUGCUGCUAGGAAGAGCAAGUGUGGAGUGUACAUGUGUAUUGCCAGAAAUGCUCAUGGGCAAACCUACGCUUCUCGUAUUUGCGUGAGGGUCGUUGGAAAAUGUGGUUACAGCUAUUGCAAAAAUGAAGUGGAAAACGCAAGUUCUAAAAAUUGGAAAGGUAUGUUUAACACAAUCAGUGAAGAUAUUACAGACAAACAGACGUCUCAAGCGAUCAACAAGGAACAAGAGAUUGUCAUCACAUCUCACACGUAAAGCAACGGGUGCAAUUGCAGCUUUGAGAACACGAACCGCUGCGACAUUCAUUUCAAGCUGAUCACUAAUAUGAGUAGCAAAGCAAUUCUCUUUUGUUUCACGGCAAUUCAAUUAAAGCUUAGUUAAUCAGCAAACGACUAGGAUCUAUGAAAUCUGUCAACAGACGCUUUAAAAAAACCAUUUAAUUAAUCGCUACAUACUCUCAUCGAUCCAA